ACCGCUGUCAUGGUCCAUGAUAGCAACGAUUGUACCAAGGCACCGGUUCAAAUAGCUUUCACGAGAGAGCCCACCUGCACUUCUACAAGUUCGUCUCACUGCGUUCAAACCGGAAGCUCGGCAAUUUUUCUAUCUCACGACUGUGCUAGUGAUUAUUUGGACUUUGCUGCGGAUGCUUUUGACGGAUCCUCUUACUUGGUUGUGGAGUCCUACGAAGACGACUCUGACUGCAGCGUUUUGGAGAGUGUUAUGAUGUAUUUGGCCAAUGAAGAAUGUCACGCCAGUAUCGACGCUACAACU